AGAAGACUCGUAAGAAAGGCCCAGCCUUUUACCUGUUCUUUCUUCUCUCUCUCUCUCUCUCUCUCUCUGUCCCGCUCUCUGUCUUUCAAGAUCUCACUGAGAAAGAAUCUUUCAAUCACAGUUAAAGUAAAUUCUUUCUUCCAAGAUUUCACACACAGAAACCAAAAAUGGCGUUAUCUGUUCAGAAUCUGAUCAAAGAAAAGAAGUUCUUUUUCAUUUUCGCUUUCUUUGUCUUGCUCAUCUGCACUACUUUCCUUUUGUACACAAAUGACACUCGUUUCUCUUCCUUAUCCUUCUCUGAUCUCCAAAAACAAUCCAACCCAUCUUCUUCCCAGUCAUUCUCUCCACCCCCAAUUGCCAUCCCAUCCCCUCCACCGCCUCUUGCCACCGUUUCGCCACCCACCACUGUCACUACUACCGCCGACAGCAAUGAUGAUGCUAGUGGGAAUGGAAAUGGAAAUGGGAAUGAUGAAGAUAGUUCGGUUCUUGUUGGUGGCGAUUUGGGUGGGAUUGAGAAGAUACAGUGGGAGCUCUGUAAGGGGACCGUGGCGGUGGAUUAUAUACCGUGUUUAGAUAAUUCUAACGGCAUAAAAGAACUGCAAUCGAGGAGGCAUAUGGAGCAUAGAGAGAGGCAUUGCCCCAAGCCAAAUCCAAGAUGUUUGCCUCCGCUUCCUAAAGGAUAUAAGGUGCCCCUUCUGUGGCCUAAGAGCAGGGACAUGAUUUGGUAUGAUAAUGUCCCUCACCCUAAGCUUGUUGAAUACAAGAAAGAUCAAAACUGGGUGCGCAAGGAGGGUGAUUUUCUUGUUUUCCCAGGAGGUGGUACUCAAUUCAAGGAUGGAGUAACUAACUACAUCAAUUUCAUUGAAAAGACUUUGCCAAUUAUCCAAUGGGGAAGGCGAACAAGGGUAGUUUUAGAUGUCGGUUGUGGAGUUGCUAGCUUUGGUGGCUAUUUGCUGGACAAAAAUGUUAUCACCAUGUCAUUUGCUCCAAAGGAUGAACAUGAAGCUCAGAUACAGUUUGCUCUAGAGCGAGGAAUUCCUGCUACAUUAUCUGUCAUUGGGACAAAAAAGCUGACAUACCCUGAUAAUGCAUUUGAUCUGAUUCAUUGUGCACGAUGCAGGGUUCAUUGGGAUGCAGAUGGUGGAAAACCACUAAUGGAGCUCAACAGGAUACUGAGGCCUGGAGGUUUCUUUGUAUGGUCUGCUACACCAGUAUACCGUGAUGAUGAAAGAGAUCGCAAUGUUUGGAAUUCUAUGGUGGCUUUGACAAAUUCUAUGUGCUGGAAGAAUGUGGCUAAGACUAUGGAUUCAUCGGGAAUUGGGCUUGUAAUCUAUCAGAAACCUGACUCAUCUUCAUGCUAUGACAAUCGCAAAGAACAAGAUCCUCCUUUUUGUGAUCAGAAUGAUUCACAAAAUGUUCCAUGGUAUGCACCUCUCACUAGAUGCCUUUCAAGACUUCCAGUGGAUACCAAAGGUAACUUGAUCAGCUGGCCUGCACGAUGGCCUUAUAGGCUUAACAGUUUGCCUCCAAGGCUGUCAACUGAGCCGGAUUCUGGAGAUACGUUUUACGAGGACACCAGACAUUGGUCAGUGCUUGUAUCUGAUGUUUAUCUGAAUGCAGAUGCUAUAAACUGGUCGAGUGUGCGGAAUAUAAUGGAUAUGAAUGCUGGCUAUGGAGGAUUUGCAGCAGCACUAGUUGAUCUUCCUUAUUGGGUGAUGAAUGUUAUCCCCUUUGACACAGAAGAUACUCUGUCCAUUAUUUUCGACAGAGGGCUAAUCGGAAUUUAUCACGACUGGUGUGAAUCACUUAGUACCUAUCCUCGAACAUAUGAUGUAUUGCAUUCCAGCUUCCUCUUCAAAACUUUAACACAAAGGUGCGACCUCAUAGAUGUAGCUGCGGAGAUGGAUCGGAUAGUGAGACCUGGCGGAUAUGUUUUGAUUCAAGAUACCAUGGAAAUGAUUCACAAGCUUAGUUCGAUAUUAGGUUCUCUUCAUUGGUCUACCAGUCUCUAUCAGAAACAAUUUCUCAUUGGUAGGAAAGGUUUCUGGCGUCCUGGCUGACAGCUAAAACAAAGCAUAGAAAACCUGCUAUUUGCACUUGCAAUUUCACAUUUGAAGUUUGGUAAGUGUAGAAAAAGUAAAAGGCAAGAACAGAAAGCAGAAAGUGAUUCUUAUUGCAUGACUUUAGCUGAGAAUUCUAAAUCUUAGUCUAUUCUUUCUUCUUCCCUCAUAUUAUUACUUGUUAUAGUGUAAAAUCUUACAAACAUGUUAAUGAGGCAUUUAUUCAUGGCU